CGAGGACACGCGCUUCCGGUGACACUUCUGUGCUGACCUCUACGGAGCCCAGCGGAGCUCACAGAAGCCCAGCGGAGCAAUGGACGGUCGGGUGCAGCUGAUAAAGGCCCUUCUGGCCCUUCCCAUCCGGCCCGCGGCGCGUCGGUGGAGGAACCCGAUUCCCUUUCCCGAGACAUUUGACGGCGAUACCGACCGGCUCCCCGAGUUCAUCGUGCAGACCGGCUCCUACAUGUUCGUGGACGACAAGACCUUCUCCAGCGACGCCCUGAAGGUGACGUUCCUCAUCACCCGCCUCACGGGCCCGGCCCUGCAGUGGGUGAUCCCCUACAUCAAGAAGGACAGCCCCCUGCUCCAUGAUUACCGGGGCUUCCUGGCCGAGAUGAAGCGGGUCUUUGGAUGGGAGGAGGACGAGGACUUUUAGGCCUGCAGACCCUCGGGCCUAUGGCCGGUGCUCUGGGGAGGGUCAGCUGAGCCAGGCGCCCUCCCGUCGCGCCUCCCUCCCCACUCGCUAGCUAGCUCGCUCGCUCGCGUCACCGCGGUCUCCCUGCGCUGCUGUCCCCUCCCGCGUAGUGCUUGCCUUUGUUCCAGGAAUAGCGCUCCAGGCUCCCGCAGCUGCCGCCACAGGGCCUCGCUCUGGAGCGGGCCCCCGCCCUGCGCUGCCAGCCCAGCCCCUCCCGUGCCCAUUCGGACGCUGUCCUGUGCUCCAGCCGCACGCAGGCUGGGCCCCGUUACACACUGGACACACCACCCACAGCCGGCCACUACCGACUACUGCCAGACCAGACUGCAUCGCGCUCUGCCCACACACCUGUGCUGCGCUGCCAUCACCUUCCACCACACCAACCAACAGACUGCUGGUCUUGGUGAUCUGGACUCUCCUUGGAGGUACCUGAGCUGGCCACAGCCCGUGGACAUUGAUUCACACAGCUGGCUGUCCCCAUGAAAGGGCCAGCCAGACAGACCUAUUCCCUCCCUACUUUCAGAGACCUUGGUAGUCAAAUCCGGUCAUUCAUUUUCUCCUGUGGACCAGUUAGCUUCCCCCAGAUUGCAGUUUUCUUCUGACUGUGCAGCUAUCUCUCUGAUGUGCGCGCUUUUUGUUCAAUACUAUAAUUCCUGCACUCUUUUCCAGCUCUUCUACACUACCUGUACAAAUGUCUUUUCCUUACUUUGAAUAAAUGACAGACACUAGUUAAAAAGAAA